UCCUCAUUCUCCAGAGGGAAACAGCUAUUUGUUUAAUAGAGUCUGUCACCCAAAAACAUUGCUGUGCCUCGCUCAGCCAGCCACGCUCCAGGAGAGAGGAGCUGGAAAGCCUGAAGCCGGCUGUGGGGAACUCUGGAGCCUGGAGGCCAUCUUAACCCUGUUUAGAAGAGAGCUGCCAUGUGCACAGGGAAGUGUUCAAAGUGCAUUGGGAUCACCCUCUUCCCACUGGCAGUAUGUGCCAUUGUCUCCAACAUUCUCCUGUACUUCCCCAAUGGACAAGUACUACAGCUCACUGAGAUAACUGAUAUGGUUUGGUUUUUCCAUGGCAUUCUGGGAGCUGGCAUACUGGUUAUUUUGCCGGCAUUCAUGAUGCUGGGAGCAGGUGGAGCAGGAUGUUGCGCUAACAGAUGUGGGAUGCUGCUGUCAGUGAUCCUGUCUGUGCUGGGAUUUGCAGGAGGAGCAUAUUGUGUGGUCAUCUCCUCACUGGGGCUGAUUGGGGGUCCUCUGUGUGACACAGGUGAUGGAGAAUACCUCUACCCUUUCAGGAAUGACACUCUGGAAGACAAUUAUUUGUUUAACCAGACAACAUGGAGUAUUUGCAAACAACCUGAAAACAUCAUCCUUUGGAAUAUUGUCCUUUUCUCUAUUCUCCUGGCCAUUGGUGUGAUUGAAGCUAUUCUUUGUUUUAUUCAAGUCAUCAAUGGACUCACUGGCUUCAUAUGUGGCACAUGUAUGAGGAGAAGAAAGACAAAUAUUUCUGGAAUGUGAAUGACCUACAAGAAAUGCCAAGACAAGCCCCAAGCUGCCGAUUCACAUGCAAUAAGGAUAGUGCACUGUACUGUAUUUAUGGGGGGACAACAAAGAAAAUCCAAAAUGUUCGGAUGUUUCACAGGGCAAAAUGAUUUUUUUAUAAAGAAGUCAGGGUGGAAAAGGGCUAGAUCAUUUCAAUCUGAGACUCCACAUUUUCAUCUCUCUAAACAUACUGCUAAACCUCAGGUACUGGCAAAAACAUUAAUUUAUCUGGUCCUUACUGCUGUACUUGUGUACAAAGCACAACAGUCCUCACAUAAAAGAUCAUGACUUGCCCUCUCAUGUUAUGUGGGAAAUGGAACUGUUGUUAAUGUGUGUAUUUAUCAGCUGCAUGAAGCAGGUGCUCUCUGGCUGAUGUAAAUAACCUCCCAUCCCCCCCAAAUCCCACCAUGAGCUCACCUGUCUGUUCCUAUUAAUUUUAGAAUGGGGCACUCACAGAUUUGAAAGAGGAUGAGCAGAGAAUGUAUCGAGCAUUCUUUGAGACACUGCAGGGACAACUGAAGAACACGGUUUUCAGCCUUCUUCUGCCACCCUGGAGCCAGAUCCACUUGCACCAUUUGGUAGUUCGUUUGUCAGAGCCCAGUGCACUUCUAAAUCGGUUCUUCAGGAGCAUGAGAGUUGUGGCAGCCUUAGAGGAGCAUUUGGGUCAACACAGACAGUAGGGUUUGCAGCAAGAGUUUAGAAAUAUCUGGUUUAACAAAAGGGUGAAGAACCUCACCACCAAUUUUGCCUUGAUGAAACUGCCUAAGAAUUUCACUAACUUCCACACAUGUCCGUAGGGCUGUUCUAGAACAGAGCACAUGGACUAAGGAAUUAACUAGCCAAAGAUAAACAAAGAUACAGAUAGUAAUUAUAUGCAGCUUAGUAACAAAUAGAAGAUAUAAUCUGAAGGCAACAAACUAUAUCAGUUUUAGUGUUUUUGCAACAGUAAUACCAACCAGGAACUGCAUAAUUCCUCGUCAUCACUAAAGAGCAAGAUCUUGAUCUUGAGCUAAUGUCCAUGACUGGGAAAUUUCAGAAAACUCAUCAUUUUAGUGACUUCCUCAAAGGUGAAUUCUUGGACAUGAACUAUCUUUCCUCUGUCAGCCAAACCAUGAAAUAAUCUUUACCCAUCCAUGUGUUUAUGCAGCUAUGAAAAUAUGAAUAUAUUUAAAGCGCUUGGAGCCUACUUUUCAGAGAGACAUUUAUGUUUUCUCGAAGUUGUUCAUAUUUCUGCACUGUAGCAUGGGAGCAAGCUCUUUAAACACACUUAUUGCAGACAUAUGUAGCUGCUUGUGCUGUCCUCUAAUGCAGCUUGCAAAAUGCUUCACAUUCUCCUUUAUAUAAAAUGGGGAAAAAAUGCCAGUUGCCUAGAUGAGAAGCACAUGCACCUUGGAAUAUAGUUUCAUCCCUAGAAGCAGGAAAUUUAACCCAUAAAACUUAAAAGCACCUUCUGUAAAGAAGAAAGCGUUAAGACUUGUUGAAGUUUGCAAUCAUCACUAGGUGCAUCCAAACCUGCCAGGUGGCUUAAAAAGCUCGUGUUUGUUGCCAGCAGUGAAGCCUGGACAGUGCUACCACAUACAGCAGACAACAAACCAGGAUAAGAGUUAAAGAGGCAGCGAGAAAUAAGGAUAUUCACAUGUAGUCAGGUGGAGAGAGACUCCUUAAUUAGCACGGGGGUUCUAUGAACUCUUCACAGUCCCUAAAUACUCACCCUCCCUCAUCCCUUAGUUUUGACUCCCUGACUCUCACCUCUGGGAUAAAGCCAACUUUGGCUGUGCUAGCACCAGGAGGGGAAGAGAUCCCCAUGGACACACCGCCAGCACAGAAAAAUAAGUUCACUGUGCUGCUGCCAUCUGCUUGUUCCAGGCUGUCCUUCCCUGGGGAUGUUUAGUGUCAUGUCUCUGUGCUCCUGGGAACACCCUCUGUCCUUCCAACUGUUUGACCACUGGCCUCACUGAUAUAUGUAAAUAUUAAAUACUGCUCUUCUGAACUUA